AUGCCUUUUGGAUUAAAAGUACCUUCCAAGAACACACUAAUUUUUAGUGGUGUUGCAGGUGGCAUUGCAGGUCUUGUCUAUUCUAGUAAUAAAUAUGCCCAAGAUGCCAGAACAAGACUUUCUCAACGAGUUUCUUUUCUCGCUGACAGACCUUGUGGUGUCCAUGAAAUGCCUCGUAAAGUCACAGUGUAUAUUACUGCACCACCUGGUGAUGGACUUGAAAAGAGUCGAACUUGGUUUCGUGAAUAUGUCAAGCCUAUUCUUGUUGCAGGUGCUGUCGAUUACGAAAUUAAAGAAGCUAAAUCACCUGGCCAAAUCGAAACUUCUGUCAUGGAAGAAAUCGUUCAACGUCGUCGUGAAGCCGCCGCUGAAGCAGCAACCAUUGCAGAAUCAACCGACCACGAACCAUUAGAAAACAAGUCCAACACAGGUUUUACAUCACCUGUAGAGAACAUGAACAACAAGAAGAAAAGUGAAGUGGUAUCCGACGGUAUUUUAGCCAUUGGUAGAAAUGCGUAUCGUGAAGUAUUAAGUGGAUUAGCCAAGGGAUGUGAUGCUAGUCUUGCUGUCGUGGUAGAGGAACCUGCUCUCGAAGAGAUCAAGGUGGAGGAGGAAUCAAAGACCCCUGAGAACAUGAAGGACCCUGUGAUUGUAGAGGAAACCUUGGAGAUGUUGGAACCCAUGGAAGUACUUGACCAUUUCUCACUACCACCCAAGUUUUCACCCGUCAUGUAUAUCCCUCAUGUCAAUAUCAUUGGAUGGACCAAUAUCCCUUAUCGACUUUACAUGUGGUAUGCUGAUUAUAAACGUAUUGAGGAAGUAGGAAAAUAUGCUGUAGCUGCUGUCUUGAACCAAACGAGACCCUUUGAGGAACGGGAUGCGGAUUUAGGACAGGAUGAAAAGAAGUACUGGAUUGGACAUGAAACCGCUGAAGUGUUGAAGGAAAAUGAUACACCGAUUCAAGUGGAUGAAAGAAUUUUUGAUAAGUUGAGUACUUAUACCAGCGAUGAUUUGCCUUGA